UUGUCAAUCAAAAUAUAACCUUUAAAAAGUGGGUUUUUUGUAUGCAAAUAAUUAAAAGGUGUUACAAUGGACACUGAAACAGUAAACAUUUCGAAACCAUUUGAAAUAGAGUCACAGCUCGACCUUAAAAAGGAUGACAGAAACACUGUUAAUCCCAAUGUCAAGUCUCAGAAACAAUCAGAAAAUGAGAGUUUAUGUCAAAAUACUCUUGAUCCUAACUGUAUUUUACAAAUUAAUAAGCGCUUGAUACGAGUUGAGUAUCCCGGUGAAGUGAAAAAUGUUAAUAAAGCAUUGGAGACUUUGGGAGGAAUUGAACAAAUUGAAUCAAGUGUGGCUGAACAUGGACGCAAACUAGAAUUACACUUUCAUCCGGCAAAUAAAUAUAAUAAAGGUUGCUUUGCUGAUAAAGAUUUUAAACCAGGAAUUUUAAUUAAAGUGAAAAAGAAGUUUCUACAGCCUGAAGCAACGUCAAAUGAUGAUAUCAGUUAUAAUGUUGAAGGAGUUUCUGUGAUAAAUUUUAGUUUUAACAGGCUUUGUGACUUCCAAUAUUUACCAUUAGUGGCCAAAGAACCCGAAACCAAGUUGUCUAAAACAGAAUACAUUUAUGAGAAAAUUAUUCCCCAUAAACUGCCAAACCCUGAAUGGCUGGAGAAUGAAGAGGCGCGAAAUAUGGAACAGUUUUUACUACCAGUCCACUUCUCACUUUACGACAGUUCGCAAAAAAAAUUAAACGUCGACAGUGAGAAAACUGAUCCUAAACUAAAACUUAGGAGUGUGCAAACUGCCCAAUCUAGAGUCAGUCUAAAACAGCAAAAAAAUGUUUGUAGAAUAUUUGGAAAAAAUAGACAACAAACGUCCAUUUUUGUUAGUUUUCAAGAUAAGGAAAUACCAACUGAACCUUUAGAAAGUGCUUUAAAACUUUUGAAGCACAGAAAUUUGGAGGAGAGAAUUGAAAGGGUUAAGCAAUUGUUUGAGGAGAGACCCAUCUGGACAAAAGCCGCCAUUCGUUACAACACAGGUCUCUCAGACGAACAUUCCAAAAUAAUUCUCCCAGUCGUUUCUUAUUAUUUCACUAACGGUCCUUGGCGAAUUUCUUGGGUAAAAUUCGGCUAUGACCCCCGAAAAGACCCAAAAGCUCGAAUAUACCAAACCCUAGAUUACAGAAUACGAACGGCAGAAAGCACCAAACUAAAAGUGUCAGCUAAGAGGAGUUACGCUGGAAAAACUUCCUCCUUCUUGGGCACCACAAACGUGAAGAAAAUGUCCCUGAAACACGACAUGUCCGCAAAGCCCAAAAUGGAGUUAGAUGAGAGAUACUACGUUUUAAGACCGCUGACAAUCCCACCAGCGAGACAAAUGUUCUACCAGCUGUGCGACUUAAUCCUCCCACAAAUACAAGAGAAGAUAUCGAGGUUGCCCAAGUCUUCAGGGACUUUCUGCGACCCGAAAAACGGUUGGCUGCCUGAUAAUUUCAUCACUGAUUGUCGCAAAAUCGUCAAUGAUCACGUCUUGGAAGCCGUCCAGAGAGAACUGCUUGAAGACAAAAAAGUUCUACAGGAAAAAACGUCCAAAGUGAAGGAGCGCAAAAAAGAAAGCGGAUCUCAUCUCGACUAUUACAAUCAAAUGUUGAGCAAUAUUAAAAAGGGGAUUUACAAAAAUGUGGGCCUUCAACCGGCUUACGUCCCCAGAGACUUCGAUCCUGGCCCAUCAGACGAACUCAUCAAUUUGUCCAGUGACGAAGAAAACGAAUUAACAGUCGGCGAAAUAAUUCAGAGUUCGAUUCCAGAAAAAGUCGACGAAGGCGAAGAUGAAAAUUCCGACGUCAGCGAAUCUUCUGAGGAGGCGGAAAUAGACAUGGAAGCAGUGCAGGAAAUCAACGAAAUGAUUUCUCAGUUCAAAACAUAACACAAAAUUUCGACUCAUUCAAUAUAAUUCUUCUUAUAAAAGAUCGUACCUAAA